AUGGCAAACGGACAGUCUCCAGGAGGGCACUUCCUCGAAGUCAUCAGCCAUGGUGCCGACUGGUUUAAUUGGAAACUAAUCCCUUUCAUCCUCAUCUGGGCUGCCUCUUCGUUCAUCUUGCUUCUUAUCGUUUUCACACGCUAUGUUGUACCGCAUCCGCGACCACCUCGACGCAGCGAGAAGACCUUUCGAACCGUUGACCAUGUUGGGAAACUGACGGAACCCGCGCCGCUACCGAGCUGGUCUGACGACCUGGCAACGAAGGUAGCAAAGGCGCAAGCGGAAGGCAAAGAGGCACAGCUGGAGCAAGAGAUGGAACCUGCCGAAGUCUUCAUGACCCUUGUCGUGCCCGCCUACAACGAAGAGAAGCGUCUGACCGGCAUGCUGGAAGAAGCAGUCAACUAUCUCGAGACCGAGUACGGCACUGCUGCAAAGGCACCGACAGAAAGCGCAAAUGGUGGCUUGAAGCAACGAAACAUGUCCGGUACAAACGUGCCCCUCCGCGGCUGGGAAGUCCUCCUCGUAGAUGAUGGCUCAACCGACAAGACGCUCGAGACCUGCACAACCUUCUCAUGCAACCACAUCCUGCCACCCUUACCGCGCCGGCUCUCAGGCCCGUGGACGCAUCGUUCCGAAUCCGGCGUCAAAGUGAAGCCAUCCUCCAUACGCAUGAUCAAGCUCGAGGAGAACCGUGGCAAAGGUGGCGCCGUUACGCAUGGGAUGCGGCACGCUCGUGGACAGUACGUUGUCUUUGCCGACGCAGAUGGGGCCUCCAAGUUCACCGACGUUGGAAAGCUGGUCUCCGCCUGCGAGAAAGCUGAAGACAAUCGUGGUCGUGGCGUGGCCGUGGGCUCUCGCGCACAUCUGGUGGGUAGCGAAGCAGUGGUGAAGCGGAGCAAGCUACGAAACUUUCUGAUGCACUCGUUCCACCUACUACUGUACCUCAUGACGCCGCCUCAGACCGCGAAGAUCAGGGAUACUCAAUGCGGCUUCAAGCUGUUCUCGCGAGCGAGCUUGCCGUACAUCGUGCCGCAUAUGCAUACCGAGGGCUGGAUCUUUGAUGUCGAGAUGCUCAUGUUGGCGGAAUUUGCCGGCAUCCCGGUGGUUGAGGUGCCUAUUGGGUGGCGAGAGGUAGUGGGAAGCAAGCUUAAUGUGAUAUACGACAGCAUUGGCAUGGCAUAUGGGCUGGCCGUGCUAAGGUUAUGUUGGGCCAUCGGGGUCUUCAAGCGGUAA